AGAAACCGAAAGCUCUUUUUCAAGAAACGAAACUUAGUUCCUGCUUGCAAUCAGAGUGAUUGUGUAUGAGUAAGGGAAAAUGGCAGAAGCGAGGAUCUCAUCAGAUCAGGAACCGUUCAAAUGUCCAGUGUGUUUGGACCUUCUAAGGGAUCCAGUGACUCUUCAUUGUGGCCACAAUUACUGUAAGGUGUGUAUUAAUCGCUUCUGGGAUCAUCAGGAUGUGAGGAGGGUCUACAGCUGCCCCCAGUGUAGAGAGACCUUCACUCCAAGGCCUGUUCUACGCCGGAACAACGUGCUGGCUGAAAUGGUGGAGAAACAAAAUAAGGCUAAACUUCAAACAGCUUCUCUUGCUGGACCUGGAGAUGUGGAGUGUGAUUUCUGCAUCGUGAAAAAACGCAAAGCCGUUAAUUCCUGUCUGGUGUGUCAGGCCUCCUAUUGUAAAGAUCAUCUUGAACCUCACUAUCAGUCUCCUGCCUUUAAGAAGCACAAGUUAGUGGAAGCCUGUGCAGAUCUCCAAGAGAAGAUCUGCUCUCAGCAUGACAAACCGAUCGAGAUCUACUGUCGUACUGACCAAAGCUUCAUCUGUUACUUGUGUAUGAUGGAUGACCAUAAAGGCCAUGACACUGUUUCAGCUAAAACAGAAAGAAAUAAAAAACAGAAUGAGCUAAAGGAGGAGCAGAUGAAAUCCCAGCAGAGAAUCCAGGAGAAGCAGAAGGAGGCGAAGGAGCUGAACAAGGCUGUAGACAUUAUUAAGAUGCGUUCACAGACAGCAGUAGAUGAGAAUGAGAGGAUCUUUACUGAGCUGAUCAGCCUUAUGGAGAAAAAGCGCUCGGAGGUGACGGAGCUGAUCAGAGCUCAGGAGAAAGCUGAACUGAGUCGAGCUGAACGACUCCUGACGCAACUGGAGCAGGAGAUUGCUGAUCUUAAGAGGAGAGUCACUGAGCUGGAGCAGCUUUCACACACACACGAUCACAUCCACUUCCUCCAGAGUUUCCCGUCUCUCUGUGUUUCUCCUGGAUGUGAGAACUCACUGUACACUGUUAAUCUACAUCACACAUUUGAUGGAAUGAGAAAAUCUUUCUUACAGAUGAAAGAGCAAGUUGAGCAAAUCCGUCCUCAAGCUGUAGCCUUAUUUCAGAUACUACCUUCACAGCUGACAAGCAGACCGAAUUUUCUGCAAUAUUUUAGAUUUCUGACUCUGGAUCCCAACACAGCAAAUCCUACCCUUAUUCUGUCUGAGAAAAACAGAUCAGUAACAUAUGGUGAGACACAACAGUACUCUGAUCAUCCAGAGAGAUUUGACUUUUGGAGUCAAGUGUUGUGUAAGGAGAGUGUGUGUGGACGCUGUUACUGGGAGGUGGAGUGGAGCGGUUAUGUGUACAUAUCAGUCUCAUAUAAAGAGAUCAGCAGGAAAGGACGGAGUCAUGAGUGUUGGUUUGGAUGCAACAGUCAGUCCUGGAGUUUGGUGUGUUAUCCUGCCUAUGUCACUUUCAGCCACAACAAUGUUAACACACAGAUCAGAGGUCCAGUUUCCUCCAGAAUAGGAGUGUAUGUGGAUCACGGUGCAGGAACUCUGUCCUUCUACAGCAUCUCUGACACGAUGAGUCUCCUCCACACAGUCCACACCACAUUCACUCAGCCUCUGUACGCUGGGUUCUGGGUAUUCAGAAAUAACUCAACUAUGAGGUUAUGUGACUCAAAUUAAAUAUUAGUAUAAGGGUUUACAAAAUUUAGAACUGCAGAUUUAUUUUUUUACUGAGCUGUGUGUACUGUAACACUGUUAUUACUAAUUUCUUACAUAUUUUCUAUAGAUAAGCUAACUUACAUAAAUAUUUUUUUAAUGUAGAAUGUAGGAUGUUUCUAAAAAUAUUUAUCAAACAUUAUGAAACAUUUAACUGUAUCCACUUUACAAAUGUAAAUGGUUUCAAAAAAUUCUGGUACGGCUUUGGCACACACUGUUUAAUUUGAAACAAUAAAGUUUACUCAAACUG